AUGGGAGAGGGGUAUGGACUGGGGGUAUGGGGUGGCAGCAUGGAGAUGGGUAUGGAGAGGCGUAUGGAGGGGGUAUGGGGAAGGGAUCCGCGCCGGCUGGCAUCCCCGCUGGCUCACAUUCAUCCGUUCGCGCCCGCUCGCCCGCGCCAGCUCGCGUCCCCCAUCCGCGCCGGCGAUCGCCCGCGCCGGCUCGCGCCCCCCCCGCUGGCGCCCCAGCACCCGCUCACCUGCCUGCCCUUGCUCGCGCCCGUUCGCCUGCGCCAGCCCGGCCCGCCUGCUCGCGCCGGCCCGCAUCCGCGCCGCGGCCUGCCGUUCACCAAAUGCCCGCGCCGGCUCGCCCGCUCGCACGCCCGCGCCAGCGCCCUCGCCCAGCCGGCUCCGCUCACCCGCGCCACUCGUGCCCGGGCCCGCGGGCCCGCGCCCACGCGCCGCCGCUCGCCCCCGCUCGCGUAA